AUGGAAGUGUCACAGAUGCAAACCAUUAUCACAAAAGCUUGCAAAGAACUUGCCAUAAAGGCUGUGCCUAGUAAACGGUGUCUCUCUCUGUUUCUGUGGUUGCAAGAACGUUAUGACACUGUGUACACGCGUCAUCCCGGAUUUCAGAAGGGGUCAUUGCCUCUUCUAUCUUUAGACAAUCCCUUCCCAAUGAAUCUUCCGGAGAACUUAUUUGGGGAGAAAUGGGCAUUUGUUCAAUUGCCUUACUCAGCUGUUAGAGAAGAGAUCUCAUGCUUUGAUGAGAAGUUUGUGUUUGGUGCAACCUUAGACUUGGAUUUGCUUGGCAUUGAAGUGGAUGAGAACACACUGAUUCCGGGUCUCUCUGUUGCUUCUUCACGGGCUAAACCUCUAGCAGCUUGGAUGAAUGGGCUUGAGGUAUGUUCGAUCGAAGCAGACAGCUCCAAAGGAUGUUUGAUUCUAUCUGUUGGGAUCUCGACAAGAUAUGUCUACGCUACCUACAAGAAAACACCGGUUACUACUGAUGAAGCUGAAGCUUGGGAAUCUGCAAAGAAAGCAAGUGGAGGUUUGCAUUUUCUUGCAAUUCAAGAUGACUUAGAUUCUGAUGAUUGUGUUGGCUUUUGGUUGCUUAUUGAUUUGCCACCACCCCCUGUUUGA